GUGUGUUUGAGAGAGGGGACGCCACUUUUAAGUUGAUUUGACAAGACUUUUGGUUCACGAGGCCGACUUCCAACAUCGGACACCUCCGCUCAAUUCGCUGCGGAGUGAUUUCUUAGCACUUGGGUGCUAACUUGAGCUAGUGGCUAGCAUUGGGAGGCUAGUCGGUGAGUGUGAGGAGGGAGGGAGCAGGAGGAAGAGGAGAAGAAGGAGGAGGAGGAGGAGGGAGACUUUUAUCCACUUUUAAACCUGAUAUCAAAGUCGUCUCACUGGGUACCAAAUGACGCCCCGAAGUCUUUACGCUAAACCCAUCGUUUCGCACACAUCCCCUCCCACGCCUCCCCAGCGAGCCCUUCCCCGACCGAGCGGCUCCGCGUCGAGGAUGUGACCUUCCCGAGCUCCAGAAAAGCACGAAAGCCAUCCAUCGGCGAGCCUCCACUUGAUGGUGGCCUAGCGCGGCGGCGAGCUAAAGCUAAGCCGAGCGCCCAACUCCUGCUGGCUCCAGCCCCCCUUCCAGCCUCGCAGCAUUAGCCAUCCAUCCAUUUUCCAAGUCGCUUAUCCUCACGAGGGUCACUGGAGAGCUGGAGCCUGUCCCACCUAACUUCGAGCUAAAGGCAGAAUAUACCCUGAAGUGAAGAAAGCUCCUGGAGAGAGCGGGACAAGCGGAUUGGGGCUGACUUGCACAAAACCAUUGGAGACAAAUCUGUCCAGGAGAUGUGGGAUGGGGAACAAGGUGUGAAGGAGGAGGAUGAGAGGCCACUCGCAACAGCGACGUCCAAAGUCCCGCCCACGGAAAUGACUGACCACGGAGACGUGCAGGUUGUGUCAGGCGACGUGAUGGACGGGGCAAAUCACGAGGAGGAAGACACUAAUGAUUUGCAGGCUGCGCAUGAAGCACAGCAGCAAAUACCUCAGCGGCAGCCCGACUUCCCCCUCAGAGGUAUCGGAAAAAGCCAGUCGCAGUCUUCCCCGCUUCACGGGCAAGAUCAGGAGGUCGACACCGAUCCCGACUUCGACCCUUUGCUUGAAGGGGAUCCGCACGGAGAUUCAUUUCCCUGUCAGCACUGUGAACGGCACUUCUCCACCAGGCAGGGUCUGGAGCGCCACAUACACAUUCACGCCGUCAGCAGCCAGCAGACACCACUGUUCAAGUGCCGUUACUGUAGCAAGGCCUUUGGCUCACAGGUGGGUCGGCGGCGCCACGAGAGGAGGCACGAGAGCGGCUUCAAGAAGAAGCCCGGCUCUUUGGCCGGAACCGCUCAUUUGCUCGGCCCUUUGUCGCAGACGGACGUUUCCAUUCCCGACUGCACCGGCCCUACGAGUCACUACACCACUAUUGGAUCGCAGCUCACUGGAGGACCUGCAUACCAAUCUGAAACCCCAAGGAAGGAGUCGGGGGCCCAUUCUGACCCUCCCUUCAUUUUAGAAGAAAACGGAGCAUCCAAAGAGCUCCAUCCUUGCAAAUACUGUAACAAAGCGUUCGGCACACACACAAAUAUGAGGCGGCACCAGCGCAGAAUACACGAACGACACUUGUUACCGAAAGGCGUUCGACGGAAAGGCAUGCUGCUGCAGGAGGCGUCAGCGCAGCCGCGACCUGACGCCUCGCCCAAUGCCAGCCCUGCCCUUGUGUAUAUGCCCAGUGCUGAUACGGAAGAUGAGGCGGACCGGGACGAUUACGCUGUGGACAUCUCCAAAAACAUCUCAGAGAAUUUAAGUUUUUACAUUGACGGCAAGAUAGUGUCCACAAAUACGGUCAGCAGCUGUGAGGUCAUCGAGCUGGACACUCGAUCGGCUGCCCUGUUGGGUUUGGACACAGUCCUCAUCGGUCCAACUCAGUUCAGUCAGGCACUGAAGGUGGAGCCUCGAGCCAAUACUGCCAAACAACUGUCCAACUUGUGUCAGCCUUCAUCCAAAAGAAGAACUUCAACACCCCCCCUUGUUCCCAGCCUCAAAGUCGAGACGGAAACGGCUCCAUUCACAGGGUCUUCGUCAUCCACAACAUUGUCUUCGCCUAACUUGCUGGUGGGGGGCCUUCUCCAGCAAGCGGCGGAUUCAUUGGGAUCCCAACGUGAGAAAACAGUUUAUCUGUCUCCCAAGCUCAAGCAGCUCCUCCAGACACAAGACGUUCAGAAGUCCAUCACGCUCAUAUCUGAAAGCCAUAGGCUGGUGUCCCCUCUUUCUGUCACGCCGCUGCAAGGUCCUUCGGGCCGGUUUAAAAGGCGAACGGCCUCUCCCCCGUCCUCACCGCAGCUCAGUCCCCCGUUUAAAACUGAUGGCUGCAAGGCUGAGGCGGUGAGCUCGUACCCCAUUAAGGUGCCAAAGCUAGAGAACCUCAUUGUCUCCCCUCACGUAAACUCACUGGACAAGGAUGAGACUAUAAACCUGAGCCCCUGUGGAAGUAACCUUGGCCAAACCUCCUCUGGCAGCGGAGGGAACGCUUGCAAUCAGCAACCCUUGGACCUGUCAAACACUGUCAAUAGAAGAAGCGACACCUCCAACAAAGUUCUUGGCGAUUCUGCACUCGAUUUGAGCUUGCAUCGGAAAAGUAGUGCCGAUCUGGACUUAAAGGGAAGUGCAGCACCCCAGCUGCAAGUCAAAAAGAGGAAGCCAAACACCAGCAUGCUUGAAAAGGUGCUGAUGAACGAGUACAUAGGUUUGCCCUUGCCGACAGAGGAGGGACCCUCGCCGCUCUCUAACCUCAGUUUUCAACCGCAGUCUCCCAGUAUUGAGUCUGCCCACCCCUCUCCUCCAUCCUUAACCCCUGUCACUAUGAACCCCUCCUCACCCGGCACCUCGAGCGUGACGUCUGCAACGCCGCCUCCCCCUGUUCUACCCACCAUGCCUUCGCCGCCAGCCAUAGCGAACUCGCCUCUCUCUCAACCCUCAGACCCUUCGGCGCAGCGGGCUCUUCCUGUCCUAUCACCAAAGGUGUCGCCGAGGUCGCCGCAGCUCCCGACGGAAGACGUGGAAAGUUUGUACGCCGGUGAUGACAAAGACGAGGAAGAGCAGCAUCAUUCUGAGACACUGGACUCCCCUAACACUCCACUCCAAGAUCCCCUUGAUCAUCCUGUACCUCUUGAGCCUUCUUCUUCAGUCAGCUUGUCCGCGACAGAAGACAUUUCUCUGACCGAGGCAAACAGCAGCCAACUAAAUGGCGAAACUGACAAAGACCUCAACUCAGGAACUCCAAAGUCUGAAAACUCCGACUUGGCUGCUCUGUCACCCCGGCCAGAGUCUUUGCCGACAUUGCCCCCUCACGUGUCAGAUGACCCAGCGCCGUUGCUGCUUCCACAAAGCCUUCCUCAUGCAAAGAUAAAAGAGGAGCCUGAGCAUUGCACAGAUGAUGUUUCUGUCAUGACCCAUGUGCCUCAAGAUGAUGCUGUCCCGUCACCUCAGCCUCUCGAAAACAAACCUGAUAAUCCCCCAGUGGCCGGACAAAUGGACUCUGUUUACUGCAAGACUUUUGUAUGCAACGUUUGCAACAGCCCAUACAGCUCCAUGAAGGAGCUCAGCGGACAUAUUGCCGAACACGCGUCAGCUUGGCCCUUCAAGUGCGAGUUCUGCCUGCAGCUGUUUGGCGACGCAGAAGCCCUGCUCGCCCACCGGACCACGUUACACGGGGUGGGCACCAUAUUCGUAUGCUCCAUUUGUUCCAAGGAGUUUGCCUUUCUCUGCAAUUUGCAACAACACCAAAAAGAUCUGCAUCCAAAUGAUGCCUGUACACAUACCUCUGUGGAGAGUGGUAAACUCAGGCCACAAAACUACACAGACCCAUCCAGAGCCAAAGAAGACACAUCCACACCAGCACAACAGACUUCUGAAGAAGCGCCAGAACAAAAUGAAGCUAAGCCCGUAAAGGAAGAGCCUGAUGUUAACGGAAAUCACGCAGACGAUGGCACGGAGGACCCCAAUGAGGAGCUCUACACUACAAUAAAGAUCAUGGCGUCUGAAGGCGGAAAGCCCAAAGGCCCCGACGUCCGCCUCGGUCAGAAUCAGCAUUACCCCAGUUACAAACCACCCCCCUUCCCGUAUCACAGCCGUUCCCACGCCGGUUCCAUGGCCUCCGCGACAAACUUUACCACACACAACAUACCGCAAACGUUCACCACCGCCAUCCGCUGCACCAAGUGCGGCAACAGCUUUGACAACAUGCCUGAGCUGCACCAGCACAUUUUGGCCUGCGCCAAUGCCAGUGACAAGAAGCGCUAUACUCCCAAAAAGAACCCCAUCCCCCUCAAACAAAUAGUCAAGUCUCCCAACGGAGUCACGUCACCCUCAGCAGGCCAGAGUGCCUUCCGAAGAAUGGGCCAGCCAAAGAGACUUAAUUUUAAUCCUGACGUGGGCAAAACAAAAAUGAGUGCCCUCAGUAAGAAGAAAAACCAGCUGGUCCAGAAGGCUAUUUCACAAAAGAAUAAGGCCGCCACCUCUGCAAAAAAGGUCGCCGUUAAAGUUGAAGAGGAGCAAAAUAACGUCUGCCCCCACUGCAGUCGGGAAUUCACUUAUCAGGCCAGUCUCAGCAAGCACAUGGCCGUCAGCUGCCCCAUGAAGCCCGCCGUUAAAAAGGGGAAUAAAAAGCCCGACGAUAAAAGUAUAAGGAAGAAAGACAGUGAGAUGGCGCAAAUGGAGACGGAACUCAAAACCUUUGGAAAGACGAGAGCUCGUAGCUCCGGUGCAGCUGAGCAUCCGGAACCCCCUCAGUCGGGUAAAGGGAGAAGUGUGCAAAAGAGGCCUACGUCGUUCCCGGUGGCGACCCCUCCCGCCAGCAAAAAAGCCAAGAAGGGCCCAGCUCAGCCAUCACCCACUGACCUACCCAAUGACACUGCGGCGCAAAAGCCACCUGUGAAGAUGCAGCGCAUGGGCAAAGAGGUUCCCAAGAGGCUAGCAGAGCCCAAGUCGCCGCCACUGCAGCCCAAGAAAGAAGAGCGCUUCUCCCUCCGAAUGAGGGAGAGGCUCGGCGGUCCAGUUACCAGGAGCUCGCAGAUGGCACCCCCCGCAGCGGAGGCCAAAUCUGAGGACGCACCAACGUCUGAGCCUAAAGAUGCUCCGGAGGUGCUAAUGAAGUAAGCGCUGUCGACCUCGUUGGAUUCCUGGGACACGGGGUCUCGUUGUCUUGCACUCGGAGACAACUCGACCGCCUUGAUGGAUUGUUUCCUUUUUCUUCCACUUGUCAUACAAACUAAACUGAGCCUCUUGUUUUGUUUUUAGCCAGACUUGCAAAAAAGAAAAAAAAAAAGACACUGUAAAUAACGGUGAGGUAAUAUAUGUACAAUACGUGUCAUUACUUGACCCAAAACAGUAACAUUAGGGCUCUUUCAAGGCUGAUAUAUUGCAAAUGGCAAUCAUGCAUCAGUUAGGGAAACUCGCUUAUUACAGCUCCUUUUCAGUUCGGUUGUUUAAGUCUUUUUUUUUUGGGGACAUUUUUUUCUCCUUCCCCCCUGAGAGUCUCCUCUAAUGCAUGUGUUGAAAUGUAGAAUAAUCUAGAUGACGACAAAUUUCUGAGUCUCUUCCAGCGGUCGCCAGCUUCAGUUCGUACAUUUGUUUUGCAAAUUUAUGUAUGUCGGAUUGCAACCUCUGUAAGGACUGUUAUUUUAGAAAAUGUCCUAUUGGAUUAUCAUUUGUGGGGAAAUGAGAAGUGGCAGGUGACUGCAAAAAUUGGUCCUCAGGAAUUGUGUGUGUGUGUGUGUGCGUGCGCGUGUGUGUUGUUUGUGUGCGUGUGGAUGGACAAUUCUUAAUUCCUCCAGUCUGGAUCUCAAUGACAUCUCAUGUUUUUACUUUUCUGUCUGCCGUUCGCACGAGAUUCCAGUGUUAACGUUAAUGUGGUCUUCUUGCUCACUUAACAUGCAAUGCUAUUGAUUCUUGUCAAAAAAAAAAAAAAGAAAAAAGAAAUGCAUUAAACAUCACUCGCACGUCCCUGCAGCACUUUAGAAUCAACUGCCAAAAUGUGUAAAAGAUGGGCCUCAUAAUUUGAAAUGAUGAACAAUGGAAUGUAUUCAUCUUUUUUUUCCUGUUUUGCUGUAAAUUGGUCACUUUUGUCAUGUUAAAAAUGCAUGAUUGAAACAUUUUUUGGACAAAUAAGCGUAACGGUAUCUUGUUCCCAUUAUUUUUUUUUGUCAUACUUGUUCGAAAGCCAUGUCUAUGUAAUGUAACAAAAUGGAUGCCGGUGUCCCUCCAAACACAUUUUUAUGAAUACUCUGAGAAUCGAGCGCAGGCGAUGCGGACGCCGCUCGAAACACUUGUAGCAUGUACAUGGGAAAUUAAAUUCAACGUUAUAAA